GAACAAAUAAGGAAUCUAAACGAAGAAAGAUACAUAACAAAAAAAAAACAAAAAAAACUACAGAUUGUUAUCGAACCAGUAGUCUGCAUAAUAAAUGACUUAAGCCGGCCAUAUUAAGGAGGAUCGGAACCUGAAAUACUGAAGACUAUCAGGAUCGAAUCGCGUUUAGACUUCCCGACGCCAUCAUGAUCGACUGGAAGAUGUUCCCCAUGAAACUUCAUUACAUCCUCAGAUACGCAGGGACGGGGCCCCUUAUGCCGUUCCUUCCGGUCAUCGCCCGCCAGAAGGGGGUAUCGGACCAUGUCGUGGGCAUCAUCUGGACUGUGAUGCCCUUCUUCAGUCUUGUGGUGAAGACGUCGGCCGGGGCGCUGGCAGACUACCUGAGGGCCCACCGCGCCGUCUUCCUCGCGAGCCUGAUCAUCAUGACGGCAGCGCUGACGGGGAUCUACUGGUCUCCUGCUAUAGACCCCGAGGACCACCCGCUCGCCAACGCCACCCGGGACGCUCCUGAAGAACACCCGGUCGCCAACGCCUCCUGGGACGCUCCUGGCACCUCGGGGGAUCGUCCUUCUCCGUGGGACGCCGUGAGGGACACCGACGAGGAAGGGACGAGCGUUGGUCUCUGUGCAGGAAAUGCGAGCGAGUGUUCGGGGGCUUCGCUUGCUCGCGUUGAGUUGCCAGCGAGUGAAUUAGCGACGAGAUAUGAAUUCUGGAUCCUGUUCUCCUGGCUUCUGUUGCAGUUCUGUGGCUACGUGGUGGUGCUCGACCUUCAGGAGGCUGUGUGCUUUCAGAUGCUUGGCGACGCUCCUCACAGGUAUGGGCAACAGAGGCUGUGGGGAACGAUUAGCUAUGGUCUGGCUGCUGUGGCCGGCGGAGCUUUGGUCGACUGGUACUCCAAGGACCAAGACCAGAAGGACUACUGGCCGGCGCACGUGAUGGUGGCGGUGUUCUUGGCGCUGGACGUGGCGGUGGUCGCUCGCCUCCGCUUCUCAGUCACUGACAAGAAGAUCUCGAGGACGGACGUACACGAGGUCUUCCGGCAGCCUUCUGUGAUGCUUACGGUGGUCAGGUUCUGGGAUUUUUUGGACCAAGACCAGAAGGACUACUGGCCGGCGCACGUGAUGGAGGCGGUGACCAAGACCAGAAGGACUACUGGCCGGCGCACGUGA